AUGUCGAUGGUUCAGCUUGAGCUGGACGAGAAGGACAAGGAGUCGUUCAGCGAAAUGCAGCAGGGCAUGAAUCAGGCUCGGCAGGAGCUCGCGAUGGUCGACGGCAACAUGCGGAAGGUUGCGACUGAGCGGCGCGAGGCAGAGCUGAUACUGGCGGAGCUUUCGGGGAUGGGCCCCGACACGGCGGCGUACAAACAGUGCGGGAAGAUGUUUAUCCAGUCGCCCAUCGACCAGCUCAAGGGUUCGCUGACUACCAAGGCUGAGCGGUGCCAGAAGGAUCACGAUGCGCUGAGCGAGAAGCGGAAGCACGUGACGGAGGCGGCAGGCAAGCUGCAGGAGGACUUCCAGGCGUUCAUCAAGGAGCACCUCUACACGCAGGAAAAGUCAUAG